UUGGAGGAGAGAGUGAGAGACAGAGUCGGAGAGACGGAGAGCCGUAGAUUGAGUGUUUGUCGGUGGAGUCACAUAUUAAAUCGCAGACUUUACAGCUCAUCUGGGGACUCUUACUUCACAUCCACGCCGUCGUCUUUUCCCCCCACCACCUCCUGUUUCAUGCUGCUUACGUGCAGCCACAGGUUGACCGAUUUAUCCGAGUCACCAUGGAUUAUUCCGCUUCAUCCACUGCCGAUUGCCACUGACAGGAUCAAAAUGGGAACGAUCAAUACAUCACCGAUGACUGGGAGAGAGACAAACUGAUCUUAUCAGGUGAGCGGAAGACGGAGCCAUCAUCAGCGGGGAAGCGACGCGCAUUUUCGAGAGAUAAGACCUGUGGAGGACCUAUAUGAAGGGAGACGAAGCGAAAAGAUGAUGGGAUGGCCGUGACAACAUGAAAAAGAAAAAGUGCUGUGGUCUGCUUUCAUCCAGUCCGUGAUUCGACACAACUAACCUGGGGGAAAAGGGACCGAGGCAGAAGAGGUCGGAGACAGGUGUGCGGCCACAGCUGUGAUCAUGGAGCCUCCCCCUUCUCUGAGCUUGGCUCUGCUAGGAGGGAGCGAGGAUGAGGACCAGCGAUUCCUCCUUCCCCUGGGCAGUAUAUCCCAUCCGUCCACCGCUGGCGCCCAGCCAGGAUCAAACCACUCCAACCACAUGGGAGGAUCAAGCCUCGACCGUCUAAACGGCAGCACCUCAUCCCCCUCGCCCGCCACGCCCAACUUGCCCCCAGCAUCUCUCCCGAAGUUACCACUUUCCUCCGCUGGAGCUCAGCCUUUGCCUCCACCCAUCCCCAAUGCCCUGCACCCCACCAGCACCCCACUCUCUUCCUGUCUGGGCUCACAGCACAGCCUGAGUGGGGACAACUCCCCAGUCUACAACGCCCUUUUUUACUCGUCCCAUUCGCCGUCCAUGGAGCGGGAGAGGGACAGAGAGCGUGACAGGGAGAGGGGGUGCAAACACAGACAGGCCAGCCCUCUGGUUCACCGUAGGGACAGUAACCCCUUCACGGAGAUUGCCAUGAGUUCCUGUAAGUACACAGGUGGCGUCAUGAAGCCCCUGAGCCGCCUCAGCGCAUCCCGGAGAAACCUAUCGAGUCAGACAGCAGCAGCGAAACCAAAGAGGGCGCCGUUUCAGCUGUUGCUGGCGCAACUGCUGCUGGGGGGCAUGACCGGCAGCGAGAAGCCCCCCCUACCUGCGGUGACCCAGUCCUCCACCAACCAACCCCCAAUUCAGAGCCCGCCAGAGAUUGUGAUUUCAUCCAAAGAAGAUUCCCCGUACCUCAGAGGAGGUUAUGACAUCACCGACUCCACAUCCAACCAGAUGUCCAUCUACCACCAGAACCACGCACUAGUGGAGAGCAGGCGUUCGCAGUCAGGGAGGGGCAGCAGGCAGGGAGGAGUUGGGGCAGUGGGUACCGGGGCCAGGGGCAGCACCUCCAAGGCUCCCAAACGAAAGAACCAAAACAUUGGGUAUAAACUGGGGCACCGCAGGGCGCUGUUCGAGAAGAGGAAGCGGCUGAGCGACUACGCCCUGAUCUUUGGAAUGUUUGGCAUCGUAGUCAUGGUGAUUGAGACAGAGCUGUCGUGGGGCGUGUACACGAAGAGCUCCAUGUACUCUCUGGCCCUGAAGUGUCUGAUCAGCCUGUCCACUGUCAUCCUGCUGGGGCUCAUCAUUGCUUACCACGCGCGGGAGGUUCAGCUGUUUGUCAUCGACAACGGAGCAGACGACUGGCGAAUCGCCAUGACGAUGGAGAGGGUUCUGCUAAUCGCUCUGGAGCUGCUUGUUUCUGCUGUGCAUCCGGUGCCUGGGGACUUUAAGUUUCAGUGGCGAGCACGGCUGGCCUUCUCGUACGCGCCUUCGCAGGCCGAGGCUGACCUGGACAUGGUGCUGAGCGUGCCCAUGUUCCUGCGCCUCUACCUCAUUGCCAGAGUCAUGCUUCUGCACAGCAAACUGUUCACCGACGCUUCCUCCAGGAGUAUAGGUGCCCUCAAUAAGGUCCAUUUUAACACGCGGUUUGUAAUGAAAACCCUUAUGACGAUCUGCCCUGGGACGGUGCUGCUGGUCUUCAGCAUCUCUCUGUGGAUCAUUGCUGCCUGGACCGUACGAGUGUGUGAGAGGUAUCAUGAUGCCCAGGAUGUGACCAGUAACUUCCUGGGAGCCAUGUGGCUUAUCUCUAUUACUUUCUUGUCUAUUGGCUAUGGAGACAUGGUUCCUCAUACUUACUGUGGCAAAGGAGUCUGUCUGCUCACGGGCAUCAUGGGUGCGGGCUGUACGGCUCUGGUGGUUGCCGUGGUAGCCAGGAAGUUGGAGCUGACCAAGGCCGAGAAACAUGUACACAACUUCAUGAUGGACACGCAACUCACCAAGAGGAUAAAGAAUGCAGCUGCUAACGUACUAAGAGAGACUUGGCUCAUCUACAAACACACCAAGCUGAUGAAGAAGAUCGACCAUUCGAGAGUCCGCAAACACCAGCGGAAGUUCCUCCAGGCUAUACAUCAAUUACGCAGCGUGAAAAUGGAGCAGAGGAAACUCAGCGAUCAGGCCAACACACUAGUGGAUCUCUCAAAGAUGCAGAGUGUCAUGUAUGAGCUCAUGUCCGAGCUCAACGACCGCAGCGAGGACUUGGAGCGUCAGAUGCUGUCCCUGGAGCAGCGGGUGGAGCAGCUCACGGCGGGCUUCAACGCCUUGCCCGCUCACCUGUCUGCAACCCUCAGCGCCCAGCAUGCUGCCCUGGUUCACCUGCUCCGGGAGAGGGAUGCAAGGGAUGGUAGAGGAGGAGGAGGAGGUGCUGUGGUUCCACUGUCCCCUGCAGCUUCUUUAACCACUGCGCCAGCUUCAGUUUCUCCAGUCCAGGUCACAGCUCCUGCACCACCUUCAGCUCCGGUUUCUACUUUGGCGUUGGAGUCCCCUCUGUCGCCCCCACCCCUGAGCCCAGAGGGGAGCUUGGAGGCUAGCUCCAACCCCAACACGUGCACCUCUAGCUGCUGAGGACAGCUUUUUUUUUCUUUUCUUUUUUUUCUUGGACCAGGAGAGGACAAAUAUGAGGAAAAACAGGGAGGAAGGACGGGGGCUGCGCUAGUCCUCACACUUCAGACUAAAGGAGAGAAAUGGGAGAUGAGAGAAAUGUCUGGUGAUCCUCGGAAACUAACGCUCCAAGAGGGAGGGAGGAAGACUAUGAGGAGAAAUAAUGGGAUUAAGAUGGAGGGCCUGUAUGAGUGAUGAGACAUGUUAGGGACUUUGGGGCGCUUUACUUGAUGAGGGAAGGAGAAGAAAAAUGGGGAUAAAAUGGAGACUCUAAAAGGUGUGAGGGGGAGGAAGGAUGCCAAGAGGGUGAGAAAUUGAGGUAGAGAGAAUGAGGAGGACGAAAGAGAGAGGAGGAGAAAUAACGAAGAAUAAUUAUAUGAACUCCUAAAUGGAAUCCACUCCAAUUACUGAAGAAUGCCUUUUAUUAUCUCUAUCUCUCUCUCUUCUACGUCUCUCUUUCUCCCUCUCUUUCCUUCCCCCUUCCCAAUCUCUCACUCCCGUCAUCAGGAAUUAAUGACCAUGACUUUUUAUCCUUAUGAUGUAUUUUCUAUCUGAAUGCUAAUUGUGUAUUAACGAGCAUCCCUUUAACAAAAGGUUCGAUCAAUACGACCACGAUUUAAAAAAAUGAAAAAUAAAAAAAUAAAUAACUAGUGGCAUGCACCACACACACACACACACACACACACACAUACACACACAAAUCAUGUCAUCCACGCAAUAUGAGCUAACACAGCACAAACACAAACAUACAGACUCUCACAAAGGCCCUAUUUACGCUCACACAUAGAAAAUAAUGCACUAGCCCACAAGAUGAUACUAAAAGCCAAUACUGCCAAGCACAUGAUGCACUGUCAAUCUCCAUAGAGCACUGCCAAGCGAUGUAGACACACUGUAAAAAAUGUUCAUCUUAACAAUUUAUCUUUUGUGGGUGUGAGCUGAUGCAGUAGUUUAGACUUACGAUGCGUAGUUGUGACAUUUUAACUACUCAGCCGGGAGAAUUGUAACCGUUCAGUGAACUACACAAAUUAUAGAUCAAGCUGAAACAAGCUGAUACAGAGGGACGUGAGUCAUCAUAAUGUCUGUUUGUGAUGAUGAAGACAGUAGCUGAUGGUAAAAUAACCUAACACAACUACUACAGGACUUUAUUACUGCAUUUACAGAAUUACAGAUUGAAACGAACUGAUGUUUAAAGUGUACUUUGCUGUGCUGAAAUGAGACUGUGGUCUUGUUUCAUUUCUGUGGACGUUUCGUAUGACAGCAGCAGAAGGUGGACAAUUAAUAGUUGUAUUAAGUGCAUUAAUACUGGGGCGGCUAUUAGAAGAAAAAUUAGCUUAUUUUACACAUAUUUUUUGUACUGGCAUUUAAAAAUGGUUGAUUGAUUUCUGAAGAUACCCGUUAAAACAAACGCUGCAGAACUCUAAAGUUGGCUCUUUGCACAAUCUUGAUGCUCCACAUUUAGUGCGAGUACUCGUUUAAUGCCACUAAAUUUGGAUGUUUUGACCCAAAGAUCUACAGCAGAUGCGGUUCGGUCCACAACUUGUUGUCUUUUUGUCUCUCCAUGCCACCACAGUGGCUUAGAAAUAAAACUAAAAACUAACUUUAAAAAAAUGCAUUAACUGUUUAAGAAUUAUCCACAUUUGUAUACACAUUCCCUCAUUUUCAGAGGCUCAAAAGUAUCUUGACAAUUGACAAGCAGCUUCAUAGCUAGGUGGGGCCUGUUGCCUUGUUAUUCCAUGACAUGAUUCAAAGAGUGGAAUUUCUAUUUCAUAGUUGUUCAUGGUCAUUCCAAGUGAGGGAGGUCGUCAUUAGGCUUAAAAAUUCAAAAUAAGUCAAUAAGUGUCAACUGCUGAGUGGCCAUUCUUGAAAAGGAAGACAACAGAAAACAACUGAAAUGGAUGAUGAAAGAAUGGCUAAAAAACAACUUCACAGCAUCUAACUGAGUCAAAAAAAAAAAAACUCUCACCAGGAUGUACAGUAGGUGUAUCACUGUCAAAGUCUACAUCUGUAAGUUUGUAACUGUUAAUCCAGAGGGUUUACAACAAGCUGCAAACCAGUGGUUACGCUUAAGAACAAGUAGGUUAGAUUAUACUUCCUAAAAAAACAUCUAGAAAUUAAUAUUUAAAUAAAGAUGAGCCUGUGGCAGAAUUAUGGGAAGAAAGAAGUAAGGAGAAGGAAAGAGAGAAACACCUAUUGAUUUGAAGAUAACACAUUAUCUGUCAGAAACAGUGGGAGAAGUGUUGGUGGAACCCCAUCACUAGUGUUUACUGAUGGCGUGACUAACAGAAGUGGCAGGAUGAAUUGUAAAGUGUACAGGGCUGUACUCAAAAAGACACGGAGUAUUCGUCAAUGACCAAGUUAUUCACCUGAUCUCAGCCCAACGGAGCAGCUUUUCAGUUACUGAAGACAAAAA